UAUAGAGAAAUAAAAUUAAUUUUCCAAAAACAAAACACUAGUGGCCGUUGAGACCAAACACUCUUGCACAUAGAGAGAACCGCCCAUUUUCCCACCAAAACAAGUCUCUACACAGACCAUCUUUAUUUCUCCCUCUUCUCCCUCUUCAACGCCGGCGCAACUUCCCUGGAGUCGGCUUGAAACUGGUUUUGUAAUGGUUUGAAAGAAAAUAUGGAGGAUCAUGAUCAGAUGCAAGAUGACAACUGUUCAGUUGAUUUUGACAUGCAACUGAUAGGGAAUUUCUUGAGUUUUGCAUCAAGAGGUGACAGGGUUGGUUUGAACCAGAUGUUACGAGCUGGUACUUCUCCUAAUGUGCAAGACUAUGAUAGGAGGACUGCUCUGCAUCUUGCAGCUAGUGAAGGCCAUGCUCCUAUUGUUGAGCUUCUUCUUCACUAUAAAGCUAAUGUUAAUCUCAAGGAUCGCUGGCAAAGGACUCCCUUGACAGAUGCAAGACUAUAUGGUCAUCGAGAUAUAUGUAGGAUACUAGAAGUAAAUGGAGGCAAAGAUUUUAUCAAUGACCAACCAAUGACAGUUCGACAUGAACAAGAUUCCAACGAAUUGAAUUUUGAUAUUUCAGAAUUGAACACAGAACAGACAAAAACAGUUGAGCAGGGUGUCUUUGGUGAAUCUGUCAAGGUCAAGUGGCGUGGGACAUGGGUUGUUAAGACAGUCAUUAAGAGUCAGAUUUACCAUCCUGUUAAAAUGAUAUUGACUGCCAAGGUCAACACUCUCUUGCGUGAACUUCGACACCCUAAUAUCUUGCAGUUUCUUGGUUCAAUUGUCCAUGGGGAAGAGAUGAUUCUAAUCACAGAGUACCUAUCGAAAGGGAAUUUAGAUGAUAUCUUGUCUGCAAAAAGUCGGCUCGAUCUUCCUACUGGUCUGCGCUAUGCACUUGAUAUUGCUAGGGGAAUCAAUUAUCUUCAUGAGCACAAGCCCUUUCCCAUAGCGCACAAUCAUUUGGAUCCCAGAAACUUGUUACAGGAUGAAGCUGAUCACUUGAAGAUUGGCGAGUAUUGGGUUCAAAUGUUGUACAAACAGAUACAUCCUAAUCAAGACAUGUUUUUUCAAGGCCAAAGAAAGGAUGAUCCUAGCAGCACCAGCAACCAAUCAAAUGACACCAAGAAUGAUAUUUAUAGAUUUGGACUCAUAUUUUAUCAGAUGCUAGAAGGAAGGCACAUGAUGACCAACAUGAAGUUUGACUUCAUACAUCUCAAAUCUGUUGAUUUUGAACCCAAGUUUCAGAUAAGCCGUUGUCCUAAAAGAAUCCGGCAGCUAAUAGAACAAUGCAUGAGUAAAGAUCCUAUGGCAAGGCCUUCAUUUGCUGCUGUCAUAGAAGUUUUAGAAGAAGUUUCAACGAGUCUAGGGAGAGCUGGAUGCCCUGUUUGUUGAUUCUAUCUCUAUCUUUAUAUGAAACAAUUUGACAGUGAGGAGGGUUUUUGCUUGGCUAAAGUAUGUUUGUACUCAAAUGCGCUUAUCCCAUGAUGUCAACUGUCAAAACUUCCUUCUUGGUGUGGCUGGCAUUUGAAAUACAUUUGGUAAGUUAAAAAAAGACUUGUGUUUUUCAAGGUUUGUAGUUUGUAUUUUGAAUCAAAAACUUCUUUUUAAUAUAAAAUUAUACGGUAAAAGUAUCUAAGAUUUAA